GUUAUCUAAAGUGUAUCUGGUUUGAGUUAUAUUGAAUUCUUUUUGUUACUUGACAUCCAACAUGAGUAUUUAAUCUUUGUUUGUUUUGAAAGUAUUUCUGUGGUAAUUGAAACAAAUAAUUGAUAUUUAAAUUAAACAAAAAUUGAGGUCUAACAAAAUUCUUUUACUAAAACUAAAAAUCAAGAUGGCAACUUUUUCUCGGUCAACUGUUGAAAAAGUUAUAGUUAUUGACUUUUAUUGUGCAUCCUGUCAAAAGCAGGGCCAGUGGGCCGAGUUUUACUGCAAGAAAUGUCUAAAAUUUUAUUGUGUAAAAUGUGUUAUCAAGCAUGGUAAGAAGUUUAAGAGACAUGUGACAUACGGAACAGAAGACAAAAAAAUGUGGCCAGUCCCCGAGAAGGAAUUGCAGGACCUUCAUGAAGACAAACAUAUUGAAGGGUUUUGUUAUAUCAGAAUAAUUCUUGCUGAAGUAUCAGUGCAAGGUGACCCAGACCAGGUAUUCAGUGUAGAAGGAAAGUCAGAGUAUGAUGUGAGCAUACCAAGUGAUGGCAUGGGUAUCCCUGCCAUUUGUGCUCUCUCUGAUGAUCAGAUUCUUGUUGCAGAUAUCGAAUAUAAAAGACUUUAUCUACUAGAUGAUCAAUACCAGGUCGUGGGACAUAGUGAUUUAAGUUCUUUUCCAAGGGACAUUUGUCAAAUCACACCAAAUGAAGUAGCUGUUGCUGUGGGGCUGAAUGUGACAAAUGGGGUACAGUUUUUCUCUGUAAAUGGUGGGCAGCUGGUUAAUGGCACAAAGUUUACGUGUCAACAUGACUGUUCGGGUAUUGCUUAUUAUCUGCAACACCUGUAUCUCACUUCUGGCACUGCACUUUUCAAGUAUUCAAUGAGUGGAGACCUGUCAAAUAAGUUAUAUGAAGAUACAUCAGCUUGGCGAACAGUUUAUAAGUGUGCAGUGAAUCCUUCAGGUGACAAGAUAUUUAUCACCAAUGUAAAGCAUCACAAGGUCCUCACCCUGGCCACAGAUGGCUCAGUCCUCCACAUGUUCACAGACCCAGACCUGCACUGCCCAUGUGGUAUCCAUGUUACUGAUCUGGGACAGGUUCUGGUCUGUGCAGCGUCAUCCAACACUAUUCUACAGCUGGAUGGGGAAGGCAAAAAGAAGCUGGCAACUCUUGCUACCGAGAGGGAUGGACUUAAUUACCCACAGUCAGUCUGCUACAAUAGGAGCACAGCAUCCAUCAUUGUGACACAUCAUCUUAGCAACAAAAUCCUGGUGUUUAAAGUAAAAUAGUUUUGUUUCACAAGUUUCUGUUAAAACAUUUUGAAACAAUACUUUCAACAUAAAUUCUUGGAGGGAUGGACUUGAUAUUGUAUGUUCAGCCUGAUCCAAUCUUAGUACAGCUCAAUCAUGGUGGCACAAUUGACAGGCAACACAUUUCUGGUGUUUAAAGAAAUAUAUAUGUUGUUUCGCAAGUUUUAUGAAAGAAAUAUACAUGUUGUUUCGCAAGUUUUAUUAACAACUUUUUUGAAAAUGUACUUUCAACAUGUAUUCUUGGCAACACCAAAGUCGUAUUCAGUGUUACGUUUCAUCACAUAAUGUGCCUGGAUGAUUUAUUAUGAUGCAUGGUAUAAUUUGAGAUCAUGAAUAUGUUUGAAAAAGUAAAUACACAAUAAAUUUCUUGACAUCAUUGAUCUCUUUAAAGGGAUCUUUUCACGCUUUGGUAAAUUGACAAAAUUGAAAAAAGUUGUUUCAGAUUCGCAAAUUUUCGUUUUAGUUAUGAUAUUUGUGAGGAAACAGUAAUUAUAUCUGAACAUUUACCAUCGUCUAAUAUAGCCAUUAUAUGCAUCUUUUGACGAUUUUAAAACCUAAAAAUUAUAAAGCGUUGCAACGCGAAACGAUUGAAUAAUUUGGAGAGUUCUGUUUUUGUUGUUAAAUUUUGUGAAACUACGAAGAUUGCUUAUAUAAGGUAUAAAAUACUUCUAUGUACUCGGCGGAAUAGCUCAGUAGGCUUAAGCGUUUUUACUUCAGGACUCUGGCAGGACUCCAGGGGUCACUGGUUCGAAACCUGGUCUGGGCAAUGUUCUUUUCCUUUUUUUAAUUUUAUUCUUGAUUUUUUACUGGAGCUUUUACGAUCCAAUGUUUACAUUUAUCGAUAUAAAGCAUUUAAUGAAUAAGUUAAAAAAUGCCAAAAUCUGUGAAAAGGCCCCUUUAAAGUAAAACAUUCAAUUGCAUAAUUGUUGCUGAAUGAUCUAUUACGUUGCCACACAAUUUAAUCAAAGUACUGACAGUACUGGUGUGACUAUGCUUUUGAAGAGGAUGGAUAUAAAAGCGUCAAUUUAAGUUUAUCUACAUCACCACAAUUGUGUAUGUGGGUACGAAAAUUUUGGGUAGGAAAAAAAAAUGGGUAUGAAUAUUUUGGGUACAAAAAUUAUGCCAAAAAAAAAUUUGGGUAGGAAAAAAAAUUGGGUACGAAAAAAAAUGUGGGUAGGAAAAAAAAUUGGGUUAGAAAAAAAUUGGGUACCAACAAAUAAGUACCCAUGGGGAACUUGAUCCAUUCAGCGAUACUGGGAGGCGGGUGUAACAUUCUCGAUCAAAUAUAAUAAGAAAUAUCUUUAAAAAGAUAUUCAACGUGUAUUUUAUAAUGUACCUCUUAUCUUAAAAAAAAAUUCUGUUACAGUAAAACGUUUGUGGGUUAUAACAUUACGUUACGUAGCAGAUAUAUUCAAAACUUGACAUGCUCUUUAAUUACACCAUGCUCUUUAAUUACACAUGUAUAUCAUACCAAACUUUAUAUUUCGUUGUUUCCUCUCCUAAGAUAAUGAUGUUAUGUGUACGGACGUGUUUUCACAUGCCCAUGUGCAUGAACAUUUAAUUUUUUUUCUUUUGAUUGUUUUUUCUCUAAUUCAAUAAGCUUAGGCAUGUUUGCUCGUUAAGUACGGCAAUAAUUUCAUGAUGAUUCCCGAAAGUAGGUAUGAGCACAUAGUCGAAUACGAGUUGAAUACAUGAGUUCGCGCAUGAACACGUGGUAAGGUUAACUAAAUCUCCGCGAUAUGACCUAAUAUGUGUUUAAAACAGAAAACAAUAUCCAACAAACGAAUGAAUUAUCAAACAUAGUGUGUGCACUGCAUGAUGUGGCUCUGUAAUUUCUGUUUGAAAAGUUGAUUAAAUAUGCAAAAUGAGAUAGCACGCAUAGAUGUUGCACGGCUAUUAUAUACCAUACUUGCUUUAACGUUUACAAACUGCAGGUUCAAAAUAAUUCGUUUUCUUUACGAUCAUGAUCGCGUUAAACGUUAAUUAUACACAUUUUCAUUAGCAAUUUAUUUACUGAAUCACGACACAUGUCAAAUGCAAUACAGAAAAUUCAUAGUUGUUUCAUUGAUCUAUAAACAUAUAAUGGAUUGAAUAUAACUGAUUUAAAAUUAAUUUUUCAAACUAUUAUUAAAUCUCUUUCCCAGAAUAUGCUGUCCUAUUUAUAGCUGAGCUUUCUUAACCUUCAUCAAUGAUAAUCAGCGAGGUAUGCUGAUUAGAAAAAUCGAGCUAAUAAUCUCAAUCGGACUGGCUCGGUCUUUUACAUAGGUCGCCAUUGUGCAGAUUUUUUUCAUGGUAUGAUAACUUAGACGAGCUGCUUCGCAGCAUCGUCAAAAACUUGCUAUCACCUGUUGCACAGAAUCAACUGGAAUUUACUGUGAUGAUUUGUGUUUCAUUUGAAUUGUAUAUAAUCAGUGCAUUGUUGUAAUCUUGAUCUAUAUCUUGAAAAUGACUCACAUGUACUUACAUGAUUUACUUGUGGUGAUUGGUGAUGCUUUAUGUUAUUAUUGUGUAAUUGUUGUGUAAAGAAAAAAGAACUGCAGGUUAUAGUUUAGAAGAGUGGGUUUUAUAUUUUCAUUUCAUUAUGAAUAACUGUAACUUUGUGUUGUGUUAUAAAAAGUAUUUAGCGUUACAUAGAUUAACAAUUAUGCAUUGUAUUGAUUUUUUUCAUCCUUGAUUUUAUUUUUAUUUUUUUAUUUUGGUUGAUAACAAUUUUACAUGUAUUUAUGUCAUAUGUGCCUGUACCUUUUGCUGUGUUUCACAGAAUAAAUAAACGCUGUCUUAGAGCUCAAGUUCACAUCUUUCACUUUUACAGAAUAAAUAAAUGCUUACUUA